AUGGACGCUUCUGGUCUCUUCCUUCCGCAGCUGUCUGCAGGGAGCCUGCAGCUCACUCUCUACCAGUAUAAAACGUGUCCUUUCUGCAGCAAAGUCCGAGCUUUCCUUGAUUAUCAUGGACUGCCCUAUGAAAUAGUGGAAGUGAACCCGAUAAUGAGGAAAGAGAUCAAAUUCUCUUCCUACAGAAAGGUGCCUAUCCUGCUAGCCAAUGCUGGAAGCCCUCUGCAAUUGAAUGACUCUUCGGUGAUCAUCAGUGCAAUAAAGACCUAUCUGAUUUCCAAGAGGAAUAGCUUAGAAGAGAUUGUGUCAUUUUAUCCUCCUAUGAAAACAGUGACCGAGCAAGGCAAGGAGGUAUUUGAAUAUGGGAAUAAAUACUGGCUCAUGCUGGAUGAGAAGGAGACAAAGCGAAUCUAUCCUGUCAAAGAAGUGAGAGUGGAAGAAAUGAAGUGGAGAAAAUGGGCAGACGAUUGGCUUGUUCACCUCAUCUCCCCCAAUGUUUACCGUACCCCCAGAGAGGCCUUGGCAUCUUUUGAUUACAUUGUCCGUGAAGGGAAGUUUGGCACUGUGGAAGGCUUCUUUGCCAAGUACAUGGGGGCUAUUGCCAUGUUCUUCAUUAGCAAGAGGCUGAAGAAAAGACAUCACCUUCAAGAUAAUGUCCGAGAAGACUUGUAUGAAGCAGUUAAUGAGUGGGUAAAAGCUGUUGGCAAACAUCGACUGUUCAUGGGUGGAAACCAGCCGAACCUUGCUGACUUGGCAGUGUACGGGGUCCUCCGAGUCAUGGAAGGGCUGGAAGCCUUUGACGACAUGAUGGUUCACACCAAGAUUCAGCCUUGGUACCAGCGCAUGGAAGAAGUCAUUCAAAAAGCUGAAGCUGCAGUCUGAUGCCAGCGGCAGCUGCCUUCCUGAAGUACUUGCAUGGUUAAAAAACUUCAGAAAGAAUGGCAUUUAUUUUUCAAGAGUUGUAUGGACUGAUCAUGCCUAAUGGACUGACUGCAGGCACACAGACUGUCCCGUUUGGAACAUCGAGUGUCCAUGAGCAGAAGGGAUGCUGCUGGGUGUGUGUCUGAACAUGGUAUUUAUAAGGACGGGGACAGGUAAAAGGAAGGGAUCUUGGACGCUGCUGGAAAGGAGAAGCUCUGA